CAAGCUGUCAAACUGCGGGGUCCUUAAGGGUCCUUCCUGCCCUGAGCCGCUCCGCCAGUCUCCCGACGUAAACCGACCACCGGAGAAAAAUCAGUAAAUUAACCCGAAAUCCUCCUCGAACCGAGCGGGUACCGGGAGAUAUGAUGGGCGGUAAGACUAGCGCGCUAGCCGCGGGGGUGUGCGGCGCCCUGCUCGUCGGUUACUGCAUCUAUUUCGACAAAAAGCGACGGAGUGACCCCAACUUCAAGAACAGGCUGCGAGAACGGAGGAGAAAGCAGAAGGUGGCCAAAGAGAGGGCCGGCAUGGCAAAGCUCCCGGACCUGAAGGACGCGGAGGCGGUGCAGAAGUUCUUCCUGGAGGAGAUCCAGCUCGGGGAGGAGCUGCUGGCUCAGGGCGACUACGAGAAAGGCGUGGACCACCUGACCAACGCCAUCGCGGUGUGCGGUCAGCCUCAGCAGCUGCUGCAGGUGCUGCAGCAGACUCUGCCUCCGCCCGUCUUCCAGAUGCUGCUCACCAAACUGCCCAGCAUCAGCCAGCGUAUCGUGAGUGCACAGAGUCUGAGCGAGGACGAUAUAGAAUGAGAGGAUCGAGAGGAAUCGACUCGGUCCCUCCAUCGCUCCGGCCGACGUGCAUCACUUCCCACAUCACGGCGCCCUAAAGACAAUUAGUAUUUUUUAUUCCUGGUUUAUCCGACAGUCGGUGUGUUUUUUUUGUUGUUUUUUUUUACUUAAAUGACCCGUUUUUGGGGUGUUAAAAGUAUCCUAACAGCCAGAGCCCCCCCCCCCCCACUCCCAACGUCAUUCGGUACCAAUCUGCAGAGAUCCUAAAUGAAAAUCUGCAGAAUUUAGCAGACUGUUUUUCUGUUUUGGGGGGGUGGAAAUACGUUAACACCAGAGACGUUACGAUGACAUUUUUCCUUCCCAAUA